AUGAGAUUUAUGUUCGUCUUUCUAUUAAGUAUUUUUCCCUGGGUAGCAUUCCUUCACUCUUCACAAAGAUGCUUCAAGUAUCAUUUGAAGAAAAUUGGGUCUCUGUUGUUGCCAGGCAAAUCAUUCGACAAAAUAAUCACUAAUCUCUACGAAAAGGAGCUUUGGCCUAUUCAACAUUUGUUCUCGACCAUUUUUACGGUUGCUUUUCUUUCUUACAUUCAACAUUCACCCACUUGCUCUUGUCUUUGUCAUCUCAUGCAGCAGCUCAACUCGAAGUAUAAACAAGGAAUGAAAUGUAAAUUCUGCUUAAUUAUGAAUAACAUUAAACAAUUCCACGAUAAUCAGAUUAUUAUGCUUGACGAAAGUGAACCAUGGAGAACGGUCUCAGAUGAACGAAAACGAUACGAACGUAUUUUGAAACAUAAAGAACGAGCAUCUGGGUUCGUUUUUAGGAAGAAGAAUUUCCUUUCGCAGAAAGGAAUGAAAAAUCUUCCACCCCCGCCAUGGCUUUCUAAACAAAUCGCUUUUGCAAAAAUUCCGAUUCUCAUUUGCUUCACUGCGCGAAAGUUAGCGAGAUAA